UCUUUACUGUACGUCUUAUCAAGAAAGCAAUUAUAACGACAUUUUAAGAAACGAAACAUGCAAACGCUUUUAACUGUAAUUGAUAAAAAUUACAGAAGUACGGAGAACUUUUAAAAUAAAGCAUGAUAAAAGGUACCAACUUCGUAUUUUUCUGAUAAAUUCUUGAAGAACUACAAAGUGAACUACAAGAACUACAGUUAGAAAAAAUAAUUUAAAUAAGUGUUUGAAAAGUUUAUACGUGAUUUUAAAAACUCUAUUCAACUAAAUUUAAGAAUAAGUGCAUUUUAAGACUAAUAUUAUAAUAGGAUUACAAGAGAAUGAAACAUGAAAUAAAUUUAAUAAGAGGAAAUUACACGUGUGGAUUGACUCACUAAUGAAACAUUUGCAAGUAUUCAAUAAAUGAAGUUUCUAUGUAAAAUCAUUUAACAUUCUCAGAAUUGGCAAACGAAUUCGUAAAAUUUUAUGCAACUAACAAAAAUAUUUUCAUUGAAAUUGUGUGAUAUUAAUUUUUGACGUAAUAGAAUGACAGCGUACGUAUGUGUCGAGGACUACGAGAAGCAUGCUCAGGAACGUUUGCCUGCUUCCGUGAGGGACUACUAUAAGAGUGGCGCAAGAGAAGAAUAUAGCGUUAAAUGGAAUAGGAAAGCUUUCAAGAAUUACAGAAUACGUCCUAGAUUCUUGCGAGACGUGUCGAAAAGAGAUAUAAGCACGAUAGUACUAGGUCACAAAGUCUCAAUGCCCUUGGGGGUCGCACCUACCGCGAUGCAACGUAUGGCACAUCCCGAUGGAGAGUGCGCUAAUGCAAGAGCUGCUCAAGCGGCGGGAACGAUCUUUAUUCUUUCGACGAUGUCCACGGGUAGUAUAGAGGAAGUGGCGGAAGCUGCGCCGAAGGGUAUAAAGUGGUUCCAGCUCUAUAUUUAUAAUGACAGAAAUGUUACCUUAAAUUUGAUAAGACGUGCCGAACGUGCUGGUUUCAAAGCGCUGGUUCUCCCCAUCGACACGCCGUUUUUUAGUGACAGACGCGCCGAUUUAAGAAAUAAAUUCUCGUUGCCUAGCCACUUGAGAUUUGCAAAUUUCCAAGGUGAUUUAUCGCAGCGAAUAAAUUACGCGAAAACUGGCUCUAGCCUCAAUGAAUAUGUUUCUGCAUUGUUCGAUGCAUCCCUCUCCUGGGAUGAUGUAAAGUGGCUUAAAAGAAUUACAACGCUCCCGGUAAUUCUUAAAGGAGUACUAACGGUAGAGGAUGCACGUCUAGCUGUAGAAAAUGGGAUCGACGGUAUCAUAGUAUCAAAUCACGGUGCGCGUCAGAUAGAUAGUGUUCCAGCAAGGAUCGAAGUUUUACCUGAAAUAAGUAAAGCUGUAGGAGAUAAAGUCGAAAUUUAUAUGGACGGUGGAGUGACGCAAGGUAUCGAUGUAUUCAAAGCCUUGGCGUUGGGUGCAAAAAUGGUAUGAAUU